ACGUAGACCCGUUGUCUUUGGCUUUUAAACCUUUGCAUUAAAAAAACUGAUACUUAGUUGUGCUGGAUUUUCAUUGGACGUGUGAAAAAGUCGGAAGAAAAAAAAGUUAUAUUUUCAACAUUUGUGACACUUCAAAUUACAACUAAACUAACGGUUUCAAUUUUGGAGCCUCAGAAAAACCGCAAUAAGCUUCAGACCCGGAUGUUUGGCGAAGACGUAGUUUGGUGAUCUUCAGAUUUAAACAAAAUGAGAUUUUAUUUGAUUUCCUUUCUGCUGUACUUGUGGACAUUAUUCUUCCCUGUUGAUAGCUGGUGGUUUGUGAGUAGCGGGAACGACAAAGGAUGUCCAAGAAGAGGUAGUGCUAGUCCAUUCUACUUUGGUGUUACAGACCUCUCAUGCUUGAACGGCAAAAAGAAAAGAAGCGCACCCGCAAGAGGAGUAUGGGACUAUACCCAUCGUUUUAUCUACUACAGAGGGUACUAUUUUGAAUUUUUUGUUGGGUCCUUUACAAGGAUUGGAAGUAGUCGUCUUGCUGGAUCAAGGUGCAGAGGAGGAAUAGAAAGAUCUCCAGCUGGAUACAGCUAUCUAAGUUUGGAUUGUAUCAAACGUUGUGCUAGGCGAUAUCGAUAUAAGUACGGCCUGUACAACGUCGUUUUGAACAACUGUCACAACUUCGCUAACAGAAUGUCCGAGGUUUUGUGCAGAAGAGGUUACCAGUGCCCGUCAUGGUGCAAUUAAAUUCAAGCCCGAGAUAAGAUGAUCAGAUAAGCAAAUCUGAUAUGAAAAAACUGUUCUUAUAUGCUUUAAAAGACAUUGGUCUGUUUAUAAAAUAAAUGUAACAUAUAGCACAGAUUAAUACGCUUAUAACGAAGUGCAAGGAACGAACAAUUUGGCUUCGUUCUAAGCAUAAUUCAUUAUAUCUAUAUAUUAAGUUAACGAUAUGUGUUGAAGUAAGUCUUGGGAAACGAAAAUCACUUCGUUAUAAGCGUCAAUUCAUCAUAAUCGUGUUCGCUAUAAGCGCGUUUUACUGUAUUAAAGAGAAGGAUUUUAAGGAAUUAAAAUUCAGAAAAAAAGGGGGCUGAAGAAUUUCUUACUGUUUCAAUCUUAUAUAUGUUUCCAUAAAUGUAACUUACUUUCUUUUUUCUCUGUGUACUAAGAACCACUCAGAUGAUGGUUACAUCUGGUGCUAUGUAAUUCUAAAUAUUAAAUAAUAAAACUUUUUUUUCAGAAUUUAAAUAUUUUAAUGUAUAUUUCACUUGCUCUAUUCGAUUUAUUCAGAUCUAUAAUUAUAGACAAAUGAUGAGUGAAGGGGUUAUAAUGAUUUUUCGUAUCAUCUGUAGCUUAUAAUGCAUACAUUCCCUGUUACUGAAAAGUGAUGAGAGUAACUUGAAUUUCGAUACUUUAAUAAACUUUCUACUUGUAUAAUAUUUAGUUAUAUAGUGGAAAUUCAAUGUUUCGUAUUUGAAUAUGGAAUUUAUUCUUUUCUGCAUUCACCGGUUGCAUUCAUUUGUAUAAUAAAACUUUCUCCAAAUUAAAUGGAACUUCGAUUCUAUAUCUUCAAUUAACUAACGGGCGUCAUGGAAUGUGUCUGUAUUGCUUAUGUUGUUCAAAAUACCAUUUUCAUUGAAAAACGCUGUUCAUUUCUAAAAUAAAUCUUUAAAAA